CACUUUGUGCCUUUGGGUACAAUAAAGUUACAUUCAAGUCAAAAUGUUUGACAAAGAUAAUCCUCUCUGCACUGCUCCAAUGUUUCUGAUGCAUCUUAGCAUGGAAACAAGGUAUUCACAAACAACAGAUUCGUAUUUCAAAAAAUUAUUUCAAAAAACAAAUUCCUAUUUCUUUGCAUAUUUUUAUGAUAACCGUAACAUCUAACGUACAAAUAAGUUAACAGUCACGAAGUUUUAGACAGGGAACUAACUACAACCUCAGUUCUUUCGGAUGCAAACUGAAACAUGACCACCAGAGGACGCCAAAUACAACUUCCGCUCCUGGUUUUGUUGGCCAAUUAGCUUGCGGUACACCCGAGGUGUGGGCGGGACUACACUGAAGGCAAACAUGGCUGCGUCCUUAGACGAUGAUGUUGACUUCAAUAACCAGGAUUACUACUCCCUACUCAACGUGAGGAAGGAGGCAACUCUGGAGGAGCUGAAAGCAUCCUACAGGAGGCUUUGCAUGCUUUACCACCCGGACAAACACCGCGACCCAGAGCUGAAAAGGCAAGCUGAACAGCUUUUCAACCAGGUGCACCAAGCCUUUGAAGUUUUGAGUGAUCCUCAUGCUCGAGCCAUCUAUGACCUUUUUGGGAAGAAAGGACUGGAAGUGGAAGGAUGGGAGGUGGUGGAAAGAAAAAGAACACCUGCGGAAAUCCGUGAGGAGUACGAACGUCUCCAACGGGAAAGAGAAGAGAGGAGAUUGCAGCAAAGAACGAACCCCAAGGGCACCAUCAGCGUGGGGGUGGAUGCCACAGACCUCUUUGACCGUUACGAUGAGGACUUUGAGGAGAUGCCCGGCGGAGGCUUUCCGCAUAUUGAAAUGAACAAGAUGCACAUCUCCCAAUCCAUAGAGGCGCCUCUGACUAGCUCUGACACAGCAGUGCUGUCUGGCUCUCUCUCCACCCACAACGGCACCGGAGGGGGCAACAUUAACCUGACGGUUCGGAGGGUGAUGUCCGCCAAAGGCUGGGGGGAGGUGGAGUUUGGCGCCGGAGACAUACUGGGACCUCUUAUUGGAUUCAAGGUGUUUCGUAAUGUCACUCAGAGAUGUUUCUUGACAGCGCAGUGCGGCUUGCAGUUUUCCCCCCGUGGCUUACGCCCCAGUUGUUCUUUGAUGACGGCACGCCACCUGGACCAGAACACUAUGGGGUACCUUCAGUGGCGCUGGGGCCCCAACAGCGCCAUGACUACAAGUGUGGUGCGGGACACCAAGAGCAGCCAUUUUACUCUCGCUGUGCAGCUCGGCGUUCCUCACUCCUACCUCAUGAUGAGCUACCAGUACAAGUUCCAAGAUGAGGACCAGACUAAGGUCAAAGGUUCCGUCAAGACAGGCUGGUUCGGAACAGUCCUGGAAUACGGAGCAGAGAGGAAGAUCAGCCGCCACAGCGUCCUGUCAGCCACUGUCAGCGUCGGCGUCCCUCAGGGCGUCACACUGAAGAUCAAGUUGGCACGCGCCAGUCAGACGUAUUUGUUUCCGGUCCACCUGACUGACCAGCUGCUGCCCAGUGCCGUCUUCUACGCGACGGCGGGACCGCUGCUGGUGUACCUGGCCGUCCACAAGCUGGUCAUCGUGCCGUACACACGGGCGCAGAAGGAAGAAGAGCUGGAGCUGCAGAGGAAGAGCUCGGCCACAGACAUCGCCAAGAAGAAGCAGGAAGCGGAGUCAGCCGUUCUGCUGAUGCAAGAGUCUGUGAGGAGAAUCAUAGAAGCAGAAGAAUCCAAGAUGGGCCUGAUCAUCCUGAACGCCUGGUACGGGACGUUUGUGUCCGACACCAGCCAGAAGCAGGAGAAAGCCAAAGUCAUCGACGUCACCGUGCCGCUGCAGUGCCUCGUCAAGGACUCCAAACUCAUCCUCACGGAGGCUUCCAAGGCGGGCUUGCCGGGCUUCUAUGAUCCGUGCGUGGGAGAGGAGAAGAGCCUGAAGUUGCUGUACCAGUUUAGAGGAGUCAUGCACCAAGUCAUCUCCGCAGACACGGAGCCGUUACGGAUACCCAAACAAUCUCACAGGAUCGAAACCGAGUCUUAGGAGCUGAAGACACGGAAUGCAAUGAAGGAACAAAAACUGUUGGACAGAAGUCCGCUUUUUGGACCCCCCUCUCUGAUGGUAUUAGUGAAUCCCGCCUCUCCUCUUUCCCUACUCCGAGUUUCUACCACGUCUGCUUGACACGAGGACAGCGUCGGAUACACACCGGAAAGAAGGACCGAUUCCAAUUCCGUCAUUGAUCGGCAAAGAGUUCCCAAAAAGGUGCUGUUUUACCUCAUAUCGUUGUGGACCUCAUCCUAUUUGUGUCACCUUACGUCCUUCAGAACCUUCCUAUUAAUAUACUUAAUACAGUAAACCUCGGAUAUAUCGGAUUCAAUUGUUCCCACUGGUUUUGUCCGAUAUAAGCGAAAUCCGUUAUAUGCGUAUACCGGAAAAUGUCCGUUUUACGCAUAUAUGGGAUUUAUAUCCGGUAUAUGCGUAAAUGGGAUUUUAUCUGUUAUAAAAAGGCACUUCCUUGACUAUGUUUCCAAUGUACCUGGACGCGCAGGCACAUGACGUCGUAUAGCGGCCUGUCACGAUUCGGCGAAUCGGAGCGCCACGAUGCGGCCAUCCGAUAUAUGCCAGGGAAAUUUCAUGGAAAUGCAUCGGAAACGGGACUGGAGAUUUUGUCCGAAAUAGGCGAAAUCCGUUAUAAAAAAUCCGAUAUAUGCAAUGAAUUUUUAUUGGAAAUGCAUUACAGAAAAAUCGGUUCUUUUUUAUCUGUCCGUUGUGAGCGAAUUUCCGAUAUAUCCGAGUCCGAUAUAUCCGAGGUUUACUGUAUACGCUGCAUCAAGUCUAGGCUGACUUGGAUUGAGGGUUUCUUUUACAGGUUUUUGGUAAGGUUUUAAGUCAUAUCAACAUAUUUUAGUGAACUGCAGUGUCUGAUGUCGAACUAUGGAUUAGAAAGGAAAGGGAAGUGACAUCAUCGCUCAUUUUAGGAACCAGUCAGAUGAUCUCAAUUAUGGAUUACAAAACUUGAUAUAAUUAAUGCUCCCUUUCAAAUUUAAAAUGUCAUAUUUCUUGAAAUUUAGCACUAAGAAAAUGACACUAUGGCUGCUGCUACUACGUAUUACACGUGAUAAUACCUGAGCCACUCUAGAACAUGUUACUGUAUAUUUUUCCAUGUUUUUUUUUAGAUGAACUAUUCUAAUGCUGCACUUUCCGCAUAUACUGUUGUACAGUAUGUGUUGUAGCACAGGCAGCAAGCUCUUGUCCAAUCAGAUUACGGUACUGUAGCACCAAUUAUGAUAGGGACUGGAACAGAGAAAAAAACACUUUUUUUGUUUUUGCACUGAGUUUGUGAAUCGGGUGGGACCAUUGACUUGUCGUUAUUCUCUUUGUGUGUUUGUGUUGCUUUAAAAUAUGUUACAACUCAUCAAAUGAGAUCCGAUUACUUUGAGUGUCAGGUGUCUGCGAGGCCAGCGGACACUCGCUCAAAAUCGGUUACAUCCCAGUCCGUCAUCCCAAACGUCCCCGUAUUAAUGUUUAGCGUCUAUUGGAAGAGGAUUUCUCUCUCGUCUGUAAACGGUUCAACACAUGAAUAAAAAAUAAGCAGUUCAAAAUCAAUUUAUUGGGGUUGGGGAAUGACGUGAUAUGAACAACACCAACAAACGCAUAAAACGGUAACUCUUUAUUUACAAUAGUUUCAUAGAAACAGUUUUCACCACAGUACAGAUGAUGCUUGUCGAUAAAAGGGCAGAGGACAACCCAGCUAAUUACAGAUUUAUGUUAGAAUUCUAACGAGGGCUUCAGGCUCUCCCAAGUGGCUUCGGAUUUAUAUCGCUCGCAACGCGACAUCACAGGCGCGUGGUAUGUGCUUCACCAGUUCGCCGACCGUGUCGUUCUUCAGUCUGGGAUUCCGUGUCCGCGGCUCGGGAGUUUUAACGUUGGUCACUGUACAGGAGUAUGGCUUUUGUUUAAUUCCACGCAAAGUAUAACCCACACAAACAGGUCCAUGGCACAUCUGCUCAAAUAUUCCAUCCAAAUGGCAGCAAGCUUGAGGGAAUACGACUGUAAAAAAAUACUGUUGGGAGGAAGUGAUGAGACUGGUCGUGAUGUCACGCUCUCACAUGCCCGCACACACACACACACACACACACACACCAAAGUAGAUCCUUAUAAAAUGAAACAAAGUAUAGAUUUUUCAUAGCAGCACAUGCAUUGACUUUCUCACUCGAAUCACUCCCAUGC